AUGCAGCACUCACUGAUCUUACUACUUGUCUUCAUUUUCCUGGCUUCUGCCUCAAAAGAUCCUAUAUGUACUCAUGGCUAUAAAUUAGUCAAGAAUAGAUGUUUGAAGCUGUUUUCCGAGCCAUCAAACUACGAAAAUGCACAACGACAGUGCUACCAACACGGAGGACCGCUGGUGACUAUAAGGAGUAAGGAGGAAAACCUUGAUGUCCUUGCUCUGGCUGGCAAGGGACAUAAUCUUUGGAUUGGCCUGUACUGUUUCACUGUGUUGGAUCAAAACGGUAGUCUAUCAAAUUGUAUAUGGGAUGACUCAUUGGGCACCGCAGAGCAGUACCACGCAUUUGAAAGUUUUGCGGGUUCGGGCUCUCGUGAAACACCAUGCGUAACGGUUAACACUACAACUGGAUAUUGGAUUAGCACUAAAUACGAAAACGGCAUGUAUCCGUUUGUUUGUGAAAUGCCGACAACUAUCGAAGAUGACUGCCAGAACAACUACAAUGGGUACUGUUAUAUACCACAUUCGGAGGCUAAAUCAUUUGAAAACGCGCAAAAAAGUUGUGAAGAGGAGUGUGGCAACCUUGUGUCUAUUCAUUCUGCCAAUGAAAAUCUCUAUUUAAACAUUCUCGCAUACAACUUUCUGCCAGGCGAGUACAUAUACAUUGGAGGUAUGGUGCAGGAUUUCGGCUUCUCCAGGUGGACGGAUGGAUCUCGCUGGUCCUACGAAAAAUUUGAUCGGAUUUUGAAAAGAAAAAACGGUGAAUGCGUAGUAGUCGCUGGAGACUGGGAAGACGUUAUUCCUAUUGAUCAAUGGGUCACCACGCCAUGCAAUAGAAUAAGACAAUAUUUCUGCAAACGUCCUGCUGGUGAGAAGUGUCUCGGUGGUAGACCUAAAGAGAUUGGACCACUGGUCUCUUAUACAUGCAACUCUACACUGUUGCAAACACCAGGAAUAAUUGUGUCUCCUCAGAGCCAAGAAAGACAGUAUUGCGAAUACCAAAUGCACACUCCGGGUUUCUACAGUAUACUUCUAACAUUUACAACCUUCGACCUUGAUCCAAAAAGUGAUGAGUUAAAAGUGUAUGAUGGAGAUUCGGAACAAAACCGCUUAAUUGGUACAUUCAAAGGAAACAAUGAAAUUUCUGUGACCUCAAGUGGAAGCGCAAUGUUUGUGACAUACAGGUCAAAUGGCACCGGAAGUGGAAAGGGAUUUGAAGCCAAGUUCCAAAACUAUCACUAUCCGAACCCAUUGAAAAAAUCAAAUCAAUGA